AUGCUUAUUGCUGACCCUCAGGUCAUUGAUCACAGAUCCUAUCCCGGUCGCCCCACCUGGCUCAAGGUACUUACCCAAUUCAUUGUCGACUCGAACCUCCGCAAGAGUUGGAAAGCUGCCAAACGUCUAUCUCCGGACAUCAUCAUAUUCCUGGGUGAUAUGAUGGAUGGUGGUCGCUACCGCAUGCUUGAUGACGAGUACGAGUCAUACUAUGCACGUUUCAAUGCCAUCUUUCAGACACGUAACGGUACCCAAAAGUACUACUUGGUUGGGAACCAUGAUGUCGGACUUGGAUCAAACAAGGCGUUUUCUGCCAAGGCUCGUCAACGAUACCUGUCUCACUUUGGUCAGACAAAUUAUCAAGUGCCUGUUGCGAAUCACUCGCUGGUUUUCAUCGACGCUCCUGGCUUGGUUGAAGAGGAUUACGUUCGCUAUGAGCAGGAUGAAGCAUUCGAGGAUUGGACUGGGAUGCCUGGGGGUACGAUUGAGUAUGUUAAUCGACUAGCCCAAGUCUUUAGCGGGGACGACCACGACUAUUGUGAGGUUCGGCAUCCUAUCGGCGACGAUUCGGGUCAAACAGUUCGAGAAAUCAGUGUCAAAUCUUUCUCGAUGGCUAUGGGUAUUCGUCGGCCAGGAUUCCAACUUCUCUCACUGGUAGCUCCGGAUCCAUCCAGCCCUUACCGCCAAACCAUUCUCGUUUUAUCCUAUCUCAAUGCGAAGCAACCAAAAACCAAAAAUCGGCCGGCCGAGCUUGGACUACUCAAGGUUCCUCAACGUGGACCUGGUGUUCCACUGUUGCGGAGCGCAUCGUUAAACGUGCCUUCUCCCCGCGUGUUGCGCAGCCGACCUAUGACGCCAAUAGGAAGCCCUAUGAUCCCCUCUUCACCUGUGUUGUUUGCCGCUACUGUCGAUGACGAGGACGAGAUUUCGUAUCCUCCAUCUCCUAACACUGCUCCAAUGACUCCUGGUAGCUUUUUCGACCUUGGUGAAGACCACGCAUUUAGCCUUCCUUCGCCGAACUCGCUUUCCCCUAUUCAUCACUAUGCUCAUGGCAAUGCGGCCGAAACUGGCCCGAGUUUAUUUAACUCCAAUCUUCAGAGACCGGAACUCACCAUAAUUGUCGAGAUGGUGUCUCUCCAGGCUCAGACCGACAACAUGUCGUCUCCGAUCUCCACCUCGACAUUGAGCUCGUCUUCCGAGUACUCACUUUCGACAGUAUCGACGUCGACGUCAAGUGUCGAUUAUCUAGGGAGUGGGUUCAAUGCAAGCCGUGUAAUGUAUCGCCCUAUGAACUCUGCUGACAUCCCUCGCGUGAAAGAUAUGCAUCAUAAUAUCCUAAAGUCUUCUUCCACGGCCGCCAUGCUCCGACAAUCUCUCUUCCACCUACACAGACGCACAUUUGUUGCUUUCAUCCCGGCCAAGCCUAGCCCCAAUCGUACCGCCACUAAACCACUCAUCAUCGGCUUUGCAACGGCCCACAUAGCACUACACGGCCUCGACAUUCCACCCGAAAUAACGGUUGUUAAUGUCGCAGUCGAUACACUCUACCGGCGACAUGGGAUAGGCGAAAAUCUCAUUCGCGCAGUUACAGCAAGUUUAUUGAUGUCCGCGACAGCCGGCGCCCCGCUGAAGGAGAUGCGCUGGUUUCUGUCGAGUUGA